AUGCACACCCUCGUUCAACCUGUAUCGGGCAGAGAAACUCAGGUCGAUUCCGGUGGCCCUUCCUUAAACCAGUACCGAGAUCGAAAGCUCCCUGAUAUACCACAAGCUGAUAAGCUCAACGCGACUAAUUCUUUUCAUCCACCUCAACCCGCCGGCUCGUCGGUCACGAGGGGUCAGAUAUUAAACCCAUAUAGCCCUUCACAGCAGCACACUUCUAAUCGUGCAAUGGACCUCACGCACCCUCAUUCGCACUCUGACUUUGCAGUGCGCGACUCUAACACAUCUUUACAAGACAGGCGGAAGCCUGACCCUAUGCCCCCUGCCGCAUCGUCAACUAUGUCGUCCAUGUUCUCACCGUCAUCCAGCACGAGCUUGUCUAAUCCUAAUACCGGUGCAGGGGUUAGGCCUGGGCUACGGCAGCGUGACUUGUCACCGCAUCGCAAACUGCAGAGUGAUGACCUGUCCGCAGGCUUUGCUUACAGUCUGAGUUCCGGCGCGUCGUAUUAUUCACCGCUCACUCUCCCUGCGUCGCUGGGAAUAUCGUCCUCGGGUUCGCGCAAUUCAUCUAAUGGGAGCGUUGAUCGUGAUCAUGGUGGUCACUUGGAUCUCAAGCGCCUGCUCAGCAGGCCCGCACUCCAUAAGGCGUCGGGCUCGUCUGCGGUCUCCCUUCCUUCCGACUCCGAGGUGUCAGGUUCGUCGUAUAUACACUCGCAUUUGGGAGCGGAUACAGUCACACGACUAGCAAUGUACAAUAUUACUGGCACAAGCUCUCGUGAGGAGCAGAACCUGCAGGUAGGACCGUCAGGCUCCAGGUCAUCAUCAGGCCACCGGUCUGGCUCUAGAGAUGUGUCCCCUGCAGCACAAGAUGCAGAACGAGAGCGCGCUCUGAGCCCCAGACCCUCCCGUAACGUCCUGAGACGUAAACCGAGCGCACGCUCGAAUCCGACCGUUGCGCCCCCGCCAAGUCGCGAUGGACAGCCUCGCAGCGCUGGCACUCUACCCCACUCCACAUCGGGGAAACAGAGAUUGCGCUCCGCUGAUAGUGCCCAUGGUGCGCCCUACCGGUCAGCUAGCGCACCGAGGCAGGCGGCUUCUGCGACCAGCGCCAGUACCCGCCAGAAGGAACCUCCAAUACCUGUAGGACUGACUCCUGCUGGGAGGGUUGCUCAUGCGUACAAGCAGCAGGAGCAGCGUCGCGAAGAGCUUGCGGAGACGUCAAGCUAUGAAGAUCUUAUACGCCGGCAGGGUGUGUCCGUGCACGGCAGUAGCAGUCGGACAGACCAACCCCCAGAGGACCUGGACGAGUUGAAGGAGGAGAGCAAUGGCCCCUACUAUACCGUAUUCGGUGGCAUCUCCGAGCAUAGGCCAGCGACCGCCGAUUCUCAGGGCGACACGUGGAUUUUCAACCCAUACAUGUCGAUGGAGGAGCACAGGAGCAAGACCCACCCUAUACCUGGCAUGCGCAAGAGUCUAUCGAGAAAGGUGUCUGGCAGGCUCAAGAAGGUUGCAGACAUCGUGAAGCGAGACCGGGAUAUAUCUCCUUCUAGGGUGAUCCACGAGGACCAGGCCCGUGGGCGUGACGCGGACGCUUGGCGACCAUACGAUGGGCAACCACAGAAAAGACGAUCAGACAGCAUACCGAAGUCACCGCGGACACCGGUGAGGAUGUCCAUGGAUGACUACGUUGACGUGUCCGGACAGAGUAAACAUUCGCGACGUUCAAUACCGACGGCGAAGAAUGGUGCUCCCGAGACUGCAGCUGAAGAGGGUAGACGAUCGGAAGGCGUGGGUUCGUGGGCGGCGAAGUCGGGGAAAGGAAAGGACAGGGACUUUAAUGAGGACUCGUCGCCGGGUGGCAAGUGGUGGAAACUUGUGAAACGCCUCAGCACAGGUGGGCUGCGCGAUAAGUACCGUCAGCGCGACUCGUCUCCGCCGCCGGUGCCAGCUCUCCCUCAGGACUUUCACAAACUGGCAUUACCGCGCAUGACCUUUGAAUUGCCACUUAAAUCUACUCCAGGUCAGGAUGGUGGUGACGAUGGCGUGCUGCUAUCGCGCUUCAUGCAGUCACGGGCAUCAUUGUCUGGAGUACAAACUACACCAUCACCCUCUCACAGGCAUAAGGCCUCACCCCCGUCUCGACCAUCCACCGGAAACAAAAGCUCCAGCGCUAUAGCCGGUCGUCCAAGCACGACGACGAGGUCGUCGUCUCCUGGGUCUUCCGAUAUAGCCUCUUCAGGGUUCUUUCAUCGAGCUCAUUCUACUAGAUCCUCGACCUCGUCGUACGGCGAAGAGCUACCGCCUAUGCCGAAACCUUAUGAUUCUCCGUACGGCCAACACAUCGUACCUCCCAGCGAACUUAACCGCUUGAACGCAGGGCAAGAUCGUGCCAAGGCAGACGUGUCCCACAAGCUACGGCAGCCUAAUCGCUCUCGUUCUGCACCUGUCAACGAUGUGAGAAUCGCAAGUUCCGUGGAUGACAGUCGGCCUUCUCUACCUUUACCUCCUCGCCGACGACCGCCAUCUGCCACAUUACAGGAGAUGUCACCGUCACCCAUUAUUCCCUCCUUCCCUUUGUCCUCCCUCUCAGAAUUUGGCACGUUGGGUCCGUCUAAUCCGCCACCGCGCCCCAAGCGCAGCGACCAACGGAAACCUGCUCGCAUUGACGUCAUGACUCUGUCCCGGUCCAUGCAAGCGGCGAAUGUUCCUGCGACACCACGUCCCCACCCCUCGGUUUCCGUCGACCUGAACUUCUCUAACCGGUCGUCAGUGAACCGUUCUAGCUACGCGUCGACUGCGAAACAGGUGCCCCCUUCGCCAGCCUCCUCCGCCUCUCCGUCUAGUGCCACGCGUUCUCCGCUGACAUUCCGUGAGAUGGAGUCGCCCCGACAUGCUUGGACUGAGCAGGAAAAGACCUCGAAAUGGGAGGAUUUACUCCAGCGCAGCGACCGCGCGGGCGGCACACUGCGUCUGGGCGAGUCGGGCCUUCUGUCGGAGGAGAUGAACACUGCACUCUCAGAAUAUUCGGAGUCUGAUCAUGACUCAUGA